AUGAAUGACGAUAUUGAAUUCGAAUUGGUUCUCGGUAAUGGUUUUUCCGAACCCAGCGUUGAUGUCUACAAAAUCAAAAUGAGCCCGACCAAAAUCGAGAAGGAAACGCUUAGCAUCACAUCUGCUAAUCGCAUUUGGAGUUGGAAACCGGAUAAGCGGGAUAAACCAGAAUAUAAUAGAUUUGCUCCUGCAGAGAUCAAGCCAGUGCUCUACAAAGAGAACUCUGCUGACAAAGGGCAAUGUGCUAUUCUGACUAUCAACAAUAUCUACGAUAUCAAAGAAAAGUAUUUGUAUUCUGAGGUGCUCGUACUCCCAUACAUCAAAGACACCAAUGGCUAUCCGUUGCCUCCGAAGUCUCCGUUGCUAAAGCUGCCGCUAAAUGAAAAUAUUGGUAACUGGCAUAGUGUGGAGCUGAUCCCUGAUUCUAAUGGCUUGAUCGGUUUGAUCUCAGUUGUAGACACGAAUGGAACAGUAUACGUGUUCACAAAAGAGGGGAAAAUAAAAAACACUUUUAAAUUGCCACACGCGCAUGGGCUCGUUUGGGAUAACAAAACAUCGACUCUAUUUGCACUUGGCCAUACGGGUCUGCAGAUAUAUCAGUUAGAUCCCGAGAAUUCUACGAAUUUAAAGCUAUUAACAACACUCGACUUCUCUGAAUACUACGAAAAUAAAAAUGUGGAGAGAGAGGAGGAUAAGGAUGGUGGGCACGACCUCUACCUUGUUCCGGACGAGAAGAAGCUGUUUCUGACAACGGGUGAACGGACAUUUAAAUUCGACAUAGGCGAAUAUGAGAAACUCUUUCCGAAAGGUGGAAAGAUAUUAGAACGUUAUAAGCUUAGGAAAGGAGAAAAAAUAUUAAAGCCCUAUCAGCCAAUGUUUAAGAUAGAUAGCAAAUAUUGGCAAAACAUUGCAUCAGACAAAGUUCCUCCAAAGGCGAAGGGGUUGAAAGACAGAGUAACGUCUAAGAAAGGGGGAGUGAAAUCAAUCUCUCAGGUCCCCGGGACGAGUGUUGUUAUUGCUCACGCGGCACCUUGGUUCGCUGACGAUAAUGAGUUGGCAUAUCCCUACAUAUCGAAUAUUCUUCUGGUUGCCACAGGCCCAGAGGAUAAACCUCUCCCAGAUGAUAAACUUCUAGACAUUGAUCUAACUAAAGGUCAUAAGAUCGAAUUUUCGGAAGCAAUCUUCUAUAAGGCGCGGGUCUUGAUCUUUCCCAAAUGA